UCUGUAAUGGAAUCCAAAGAGCUAGGCUUGGGCUAACCAUAGAUUACAGCAUUAGUUAGGCAUGCUUUGAAGGAAGUGGACAGAGGGGAACAUUUUUUGAAGGAAAAGUAUGUAAGGGACGUAUCACGUGUGUAUCUGGCAGGUAAUGUGUUGUGUGGAAGGGAGGAGCUGAGAAAAGACAACAUAAGAGAAGGAUGCUUAGGAAGGAAGAUUCCAGGGUACCAACAAGAAAGCAUGGCCUUCCUCAGGACUCUUUGUGUGGUGACAAUAAUGGUGACAUUCCUGUCAAAAUGCUCUCAUUCACAGCUGAAUGUGUGCGGAACCCCUCCUCUUAACACUAGGAUCGUGGGGGGUCAGGACGCUCCUGCAGGGAGUUGGCCAUGGCAGGCCAGUCUUCACAGAUUAGGCAGCCAUUUUUGUGGGGGAUCCCUCAUCAACAAAGAGUGGGUAUUGACUGCUGCUCACUGCUUUUCCAGUACCAGUAUAUCAAAUGUGGUGGUCUACGUGGGUCGUCUGAGCCAGCAGGGCUCCAACCCCAACGAGGUGACCCGGACAGUCACUCAGAUCAUCCGCCACCCCAACUACACCAGAAGUACCCAUGACAACGACAUGUGUCUGCUGAAGCUCUCCUCCACUGUGACUUUUACAAACUUCAUUCGGCCAGUCUGCCUAGCUGCACCAGGCAGCUCCUUCCAUGCUGGGGCUACUAGCUGGGUCACUGGCUGGGGCACCAUCCGCAGUGGAGUGUCCCUGCCCUCACCACAGACCCUACAGGAAGUGGAUGUGCCAGUAGUGGGGAACAGGCAGUGUAACUGUAACAAUGGAGUUGGUUCCAUCACUGAUAACAUGAUCUGUGCUGGUCUAUCAGCAGGAGGAAAGGAUUCCUGUCAGGGGGACUCAGGAGGUCCAAUGGUGAGCAAACAGGGUAUUCGCUGGAUCCAGUCUGGCGUUGUGAGUUUCGGCAACGGGUGUGCCCAGGCAAAUCUCCCAGGAGUGUACGCAAGGGUGUCUCAGUACCAGACCUGGAUCAACAGCCAGAUCACCAGUGACCAGCCAGGCUACGUCACCUUCUCCUCCAGUGGGACUGAUUCUGACCUCAGUGUCUCCUGUACUGGUCUUCCAGCCCCAGCCACCACCACAACAACUGCACCUACGACCACAACUACCACCAGAACUGCCCCUAAAACCACAACCACAACUACCACCAGAACUGCCCCUAGAACCACAACCAGAACUGCCCCUAGAACCACAACCACCACCACCACCACAACUGCCCCUAGAACCACAACCACCACCACCACCACAACUGCCCCUAGAACCACAACCACCACCAGAACUGCCCCGAAAACCACAACCACAACUACCACCAGAACUGCCCCUAAAACCACAACCACAACUCCCACCACAACUGCCCCUAGAACCACAACCAGAACUGCCCCUAGAACCACAACCACCACCACCACCACAACUGCCCCUAGAACCACAACCACCACCACCACCAGAACUGCCCCUAGAACCACAACCACCACCAGAACUGCCCCGAAAACCACAACCACCACUACCACCAGAACUGCCCCUAGAACCACAACCAACACCACCACCAGAACUGCCCCGAAAACCACAACAACCACCACCACAACUGCCCCUAGAACCACAACCACCACCACCACCAGAACUUCCCCUAAAACCACAACCAGAACUGCCCCUAAAACCACAACCACAACUACCACCAGAACUGCCCCUAAAACAACCACUACCACCAGAACUGCCCCUAAAACCACAACCACCACCAAAACUGCCCCUAAAACCACUGAAUCCGUGGUGUGCGGCAGUGCCUCUUUGAACUCCCUUACUGGUGGGGGCUUGGCCUCAGGGGGAUCCUGGCCCUGGAUAGCCAGUCUACAGACAAACGGAACGCACGUCUGCGGGGGCACAAUGGUGGCAGAGGACUAUGUCAUGAGCGAUGCUGGGUGCUUCUCCAGUCAGUCCGACGCCUCUCAGUGGACCGUGAUCAUGGGUCGUCUAAAGCAGAACGGCUCCAACCCCAACGAGGUAACCCUUAAAGUCAUCAACAUCACCAUGAGCAACUUGACAGCCAACAACGUGGCAAUCCUCAGACUGGCCAGCCAACCCACGUUGUCUGACUACAUCCAGCCCAUCUGUGUGGACCAGGGAAGCAGCACCUUCAGCAUAGGGACUCAGUGCUGGGUGGCUGGCUGGGGCAGGGGCCAGGGUGGAGCUGAACAGAACUUGCAGCAGUCCCAGACCUCUGUGGUGGAUUGUGGGAGCUCUGGCUCCUCUGAUAACAUCUGCACUGCUGCCUUGGACCUUCGACAGGGUGAAGGGGGUGGUCCUCUGAUGUGUAAGCAGGGUGAUGCAUGGUACCAAGCUGCUGUUUUGACUGUCAACAGCAGCAACAAGACCAGCUCCAGCAAAACACGAUGGAGCCGGAGUCCUCGCUCCUCCAACAUCCAGGUCUUCACCAAAACCGCUCGCUUCCAGAGCUUCCUUCAGACCACUGUGGGCACGUUCCCUUCACCCGUCACAGCCAGAACCCCCGUCAAUAACACCAACACUGCCAACAGCACAACUACCGCUGUCGUUACUCCUGCCAGUGGGGUAACUCUGGCCCACUCAUCCCUGGUCCUGCUCUUCUUGUCUCUCCUACUGUCUCUCGGUCAAGCUAGGUGACGCUGAGGAGUCACCUUCAUGUAAACCUCUGGCAAUAGGGUCUAAAUGUGCUCUGUUUGAAGCGCUUUAUAUAUUGCUGCUCUAGAAUUUUUUGGUGAGUUUAAUCUUUGUUAACCCAGAACUCAAAUCUUGCGUAAUUUGGUCAGAUGCGUGAUUUAUUUCUGGGUCCAUGUGUUUCAAAUUGAGAGUUUGGGUUUGCGAUGUCUCCAUCCUUUGCAAAAGGAAACUCUCAGCCAAAGCAGUGAAAUUUAAGCACCGCCUUCGCCCAAUCCUGAUAGGUCCAAAUUAUCAGUGAGGAAAACAUAAACAUUGUAACUACUGCUGCUCGUUAUCCUAUGCCUCCCAUUCCGUCUCAACAGAUUAUUUGGUUUCUGUACAACAUUUGUCCACGAACACUGCCUGGUCUAACGCUGCCUGCAACAGUCUACUGAAAACAGAAGGUUUAUCUCAUCUAAUUGUUUAUUUAUUCUGACUGGAUGAAAUAUAAAACUUCCACUGUAAUCAGUUCACAAGUAGUCUCUCUUUGUAGUCUGUUAUCAAGUCUAUGCAGGUCAGUAUUUCAUGUUAUGAGACAGAUCAGGAAAUUAUUUAUUUAAAUAAAGACUUGAUCUACUGUUGCAUCUGGAAAUUAAAAUGAUGGAUGAAUUGUCUAGUUCAUUUUUUUCUCCAAUAAACAGCAGAAUUUAUAUAGACUAGACAACACACAACGUUUGUGUAAAUGUUGUAGUGCAGCCAAACGAUUGUGUCAAAUGUGUUUUUUAUCAGUUGUACAACCUGAGUGAUUACUAUAGAUCAUAUUCAACUUGAAAAUAUCAUCUUUAAUUCUGCAUUGAGAGUUACAUUACAGUAUAUCCUUUAUCUAA